UUCACGGCUUGUGCUAGACCCAAACUCCCGACAAAUGGCGGAAAUAGAGCGAUCCCUGCCCUGUGAUUGAGACAGGAACGGAUAGUUUUGUACCGGCUGUUUUGCCUCAAUUACUCUUUGAUGAUGCAUUGACUCGACUUCAAUGUCGGUUGUAGAUUCGAGCCAUCGAGACUAGUUUGAGGACUGUGUAUCUAGUUUGUGGGGAUUGUCGGUGCCCUGGGAAUUGAACCAGUGACCUUGGGGUCCCAUUCCAGGCGCAGUUGUCCCUGGUGUGAUCUGCGGUAGCGAAGUGAGGGGGUUCGGAGCCGCACGGAGAGAGACGCAGGAAGAUGUCUGCAGCCGAGCAAGCCGGGACGUCUUCAAGUUCUUCCUCCAACUCUUCCCGAAGGCCCAAGGACCAGAGAGACAACAACCUUAAGCUGCUCAAGUCCACCAAGGCGCUGUCCACCAGCGCUAAGAGGAUCCAGAAAGAGCUGGCAGAAAUCACGCUGGACCCGCCGCCCAACUGCAGUGCCGGUCCAAAAGGAGACAACCUGUAUGAAUGGGUGUCCACCAUCCUGGGGCCACCUGGGUCUGUGUACGAGGGCGGAGUUUUCUUCCUGGACAUCCACUUCUCACAAGACUAUCCCUUCAAACCUCCUAAGGUGACAUUCCGGACUCGUAUCUACCACUGUAACAUCAACAGCCAAGGUGUGAUCUGUCUGGACAUACUGAAGGACAACUGGAGCCCCGCCCUCACCAUCUCCAAAGUCCUACUGUCCAUCUGCUCACUGCUAACUGACUGCAAUCCUCAUGAUCCUCUUGUUGGUAGCAUUGCGACGCAGUACACCAACGCACGGGAGGAGCACGAUAGGAUAGCUCGCCAGUGGACAAAGAGAUAUGCUACAUAGAAUCAUGUUAUGCUUCAUUGACAACACAUGUAAAACCUGCUAUGUACUACCUAACCUUUGUAAAGGUAUACUGCAUUGUUUUGUGGUAUAUAAGCAGGCUUUUAGCUAGGAUUUUUUUGUUGGGCGUCCAUUUUUUGCAUUGUAUGCUAUGCUCAGCAAAGAUGCACGGUGCACAAGCUUUUUAGGGGGCCUUUUUUGAAAGUCAAAAUGCUCUCAAACACUACUUUUUGUAUUUUGAG